AACUCACCAAAUUAUACUUUUUUUUUUUCUUUUCUUUUUACUUUGGUUUUGAGUUAAAAAAGAAAAAAUUCGUUAGAUUGAUCUUUUCUACGGCACCGUCCAAUACCGAAUCGUGAUCAGCCGUAACAGGAGUUGAAUGCUGCCGUUUUGGAUUUCCACCUUUGCGUAAACGGUAAAUCUAACUGCCGAGCAUAAACUUCCACCCACCAGAAAAAGGCACAGGCAAAUUUAAACUUCAUCAGCUGAAUUCAGAUAAUCAUCUUUCCGGGUAGACUUGGGCUGCACCCACCUGAUUCGGAUUCUUGAGCUCAAGAAAUCACAUUCUUUCGAAGAACAAAUGGUUUAUCACUCUAGCUUUGUGGAUGAGGAAGGGGUUAAAAAAGCUUGUGGUUGUCCUUUACUUCCUUUGAAAAGCCAUAUUAAGGGUCCUGCUCCUGUUUCAGAUCAAGGUAGAACUGAUAUAGUUGAUGAAGCAAUCACAUUCUUUCGCGCCAAUGUUUUCUUUAGAAACUUCGAUAUUAAGAGCCCCGCUGAUAAGCUCCUUAUUUAUUUAACAUUCUAUAUCAAUGUGGCCUUAAAGCGGCUUGAGGGAUGCAGAACCUUGGCUGAAGGGACUAAGGCAAUCAUUAAUUUGGGUCUGGAGAAAGUUCCGGUGCCUGGGGAGUCUGGUUUUCCUUUUCCUGGCCUUUUUGUAAAUCCUGAAUCUCAGAAGGAAGCAGAGUUGUUCAGAAAUUAUCUGAAGCAGAUAAGGGAAGAAACAAGUGGGAGACUGCUGAGUGUUGCAUAUAGACCCAAUGGGACUCCAAACAAAUGGUGGUUGGCAUUUGCUAAGAGAAAAUUUAUGAAUGUAAUUGCUCUUUGAGUAUAGUUCAUUACAAUGUUACAAGUAGAGCAUGAAAGGAGAUUGAAUUUUAUAAAGAGUUGUAAAUAUUCUCUGCUACUAAAUCAAGUAGUAUCGUCCCAUCAGAAAAUUAGUAAUGAGCUGGGGCUUCCCCUUUAGUUUAUCAUGUCUGAUAACUGCCAUGGUUGAGGCAUGAUAGCUUAUACCUGAAUGAUCACUUUGGUUGAUGGAACUUA